AUGCCUCUCAAAAAAUCGAAUUCUAAAAACGUUGAGCGCAAGGACGAUGAAGCUUCACCCUCAACAUCUAAAGAACCUCUGUCACCACGAAGUUUGCGCAGCAAUUCCUUGCAAAAACAGCAAUCUUCAAACACUAAGCAACCAGUGCCAGUAAAGAAGUCUCCCAGAAAGCAACUCACGGACGGGGAUGAUAUGGGAACACCCACGCAAAACGGAAAGGGUCCGACUGUGUCACCGAAAAAACAGUCUUCGUCCCUGAACGACUUUGCUGAUGGCAUCGAUUUGUCUCCAAUAAAAAGGAGUGGAUUGAAGGUCCCAUUGAGAGGCAAAUCGCGCACUCUUCCUAUUUCUACCUCAACACCGAUGCCCGGUAUACCAAGUCCUAAAGCACAGAGGAAACGACCUAGGGAAGAAUCCACUCCACUACCGACAACUGAUGAUCUCGCAAAAUCACCAUCUCGCAAAAAAGCAGUAAAUGCCGGGAAAUUGCGGACGCGCUCUCAGCUAGCGACGACGCCGAGUGGAUCACCUGCCAAAGUGAAGACUGCAUCGAAACCGCCUUCACCACCCCGCUUAACGCGAAGUGGAAGGUCACGAGGGAAAGGCCAAUGA